AUGUCGUGGCAGCCUCCGUACAGAAGCUCAAAGUUUGGUAACGUUUAUGGUAAAGCGCUGAAGAAUCGGAGCUACGACGGUGUGCAGAUCACCCGCGGCCUCCAGGAGAACCACUGCUGCUCCGUCAAUCCACGAUUUAUCGCCGUGGUGACCGAGUGUGCCGGAGGCGGAGCUUUUAUCGUCAUCCCCGUCCAUCAGACGGGCCGCGUGGACCCUCAUCACCCGCGCGUGUGCGGCCACAGCGCUCCGGUUCUGGACGUUCAGUGGGAUCCGUUCGACGAUCAGCGCAUCGCAUCGUGCUCUGAAGACUGCACGGUGAAGGUUUGGGAGAUUCCCACAGACGGAUUAAAGGAAAACAUGACCAAUCCCAGAAAGGAGCUCUGGGGCCACGCCCGGAGGGUGGGACUGAUCCAGUGGCAUCCAACCGCAAAAGACGUCCUCAUAAGCUCCGCCUACGAUUAUCGAGUGUGUGUGUGGCGUGUGGACGGCGAGUGUGUGCUGGUCAGGACGCCGGUGUGUGUGAUCCGUACACACACUGACCUGGUGACCGGUCUGAGCUUCAGUGAGGACGGGAGCGCCCUCGCCACCGCCUGCAGGGACCGACGGGUCCGGGUGCUGGACCCUCGUACAGGACACACACUGCAGGAGCGCAGCACUGACUGCAGUAGAGUUUCUAAAGUUCUUUACCUGACUGAUCUGAACCUGCUGCUCACAACCGGAACCUCCAAGUGGAACCAGAGACACUUCAUGCUGUGGGACCCGGAGGACCUGUCUGAGCCGUUAGUGGAGGAGGAAGUGGAUGGAGGUUCUGGAGUUCUCUUCCCUUUCUACGACCCUGACACACACCUGAUCUACCUGGCCGGCAAGGGUGAUGGUAAUAUUCGUUAUUAUGAAGCGAGUGCUGAGAAGCCCUACCUUCACUUCCUGACCGAGUAUCGCUCCCCGCUCCCACACAGGGGCCUCGGUGUGAUGCCGAAGCGUGGUCUGGACACGGCGGCGUGCGAACUGUUCCGCUUUUAUCGCCUCCUGACCUCGAGGGACGCGGUGGAGCCGCUAUCCUUCAUCGUACCACGAAAGUGUGGAUAUUUCCGGGAGGACAUUUACCCCAGGACGGCGAGCAUGACGGCUCAGGAGUGGCUCAGGGGCCAAAAUAAAGGUCCGGUUCUGAUGUCACCGAGACCCGAGACUAAAAUCCAGAACCCGUACCCGGCCCCGGAGCAGGGCCCCGGGUACGAGCGCCCAGCCAGCAAUCACAAGCUUCAGGAGCACACCGGACCGGGCGGGUACACACUCCAGGAGGACUCGACCAAUCGGAGCACGGGGGGCGACGCGGCUGACCUAUCAGAGUGGCAGGAGGACGAGACUCAGCUGAGCGGACGGUGUGGUGGGCACGCUGGGGUGAGGUGGUGGGAGUCGGGACCGUACACUCCGCCCGCGGCUGAGAAGGAGCUGAUAAACACCUUCUACAGGCAGCAGGAGGAGAUACGGUCUCUGCGGCAACAGCUGGAUCAGCGCGACAGGACCAUCCAACAUCUGGAACUGGAGAUCAAGAACAUCCGCAACCGGCUGAGAGCGUCCUUCUGA